GUUACCCUUUCCCCACUGCUCCUCCUGUGGAUCCAUUUGCAAAAAUCAGAGUGGAUGAUUGUGGAAAAACCAAGGGAUGCUUCAGGUAUGGUAAACCUGGAUGCAAUGCAGAGACUUGUGAUUACUUUCUAAGUUACCGUAGAAUAGGAGCCGAUGUGGAAUUUGAGUUGAGCGCUGAUACUGAUGGCUGGGUGGCGGUGGGAUUUUCCUCAGACAAGAAAAUGGGAGGAGAUGAUGUCAUGGCUUGUGUUCAUGAUGAUAACGGAAGAGUCCGGAUACAGCAUUUCUAUAAUGUCGGUCAGUGGGCUAAAGAAAUCCAGAGAAAUCCUGCUAGAGAUGAAGAAGGGGUUUUUGAAAACAAUCGUGUAACAUGUCGAUUCAAGCGCCCUGUGUAUGUUCCCCGAGAGGAAACCAUAGUAGACCUGCACUUGAGCUGGUACUAUCUGUUUGCUUGGGGGCCAGCAAUUCAGGGUUCUAUAACUCGUCAUGAUAUAGACUCACCACCUGUAUCAGAGCGUGUUGUCAGUAUUUACAAGUAUGAAGAUAUCUUCAUGCCAUCAGCUGCCUAUCAGACCUUCUCUUCUCCAUUCUGCUUGCUCCUCAUUGUUGCACUGACCUUCUAUUUAUUGAUGGGAACCCCAUGACCGAUGGAAAAUAGCAAGAGUUUGUCAGUGGAAGUUUCUCAGGAUGGAUGGCUAAAUGGAUGGACAAUGAAUUUUUCUAUUGGAAUUUAUAUCACACCACCAUCAUCAUCUAGCUGCUUUUGAACAUAGUUAGCUUCUCAGAAGAAUGAAAUAACCACCUCCUUUGAGCGGCAGAGUGGUGACAAAUCAUUUAAGAAUAAUCAGCAAACACAUAGGAGAAUAUUUUCAGUGUUGUGACUACUUGCUUAAAGAAAAAGAGACUUUUGUAAAAUCAAUGUGUGUGUAUGUGUUUUGGAGGGGUGUUCUGUAUGUGUGU